CCUCAUCGACAGCAAGUGAGAUAAUCCGCCUCGAUCAAUAAUGCACUCGUCUCUUCUCGUCGCUCUUGCGUUGCUGGCGUCUCCCGCCAUGGCCUCACACUACAAAGUGCACCACCACCACCACAUGAAGUUUCGUGAAGUGACAGUCAUCGCGGACAACGCUACGUGCCCCAAUGGCGGCGACGUGUUGCUGUGUCAGAGCGCGUCAUACGCGUGCCAGGACGACGGAACGGGCGCUCAGAAGUGUCUCGAGCGCGACGACUCGUUCCUGGACUCAGUGGAUAGCAGCACUGCGAUGCCUUGGAUGCAGUGCAGCCAAUCAAACGCGUCGCUGCCUUCCAAAUGCCUCUUCGACUUCCAGUGCAUCUGCAUGGACUACGCCAACGUGGACUGCUACUGCUCACCGCCCGAUGCCUGGCGCACGGGUCGCGCUACAGCUGACAACUGCACCACGUCCAGUGGAGAGGUGGGAUCGUGUGAUGAGGGCAAGUACUGCCGCACCAAGGGCUCGUACCAGGAGUGCGCUUCAGCCCCGUAUCUGCCGAGCAGCACGUCGCUCUAUAGCGACUGCUCGGACGACGGUGUGUGCGACUCAGGUCUCACAUGUGAUGACUACGACAACUUCGGUAUCUGCGUUGAGGACGACGGAGAGGACGGAAGCGCCUAGAUCUGUGAAGAGAUCUUUAUGAAUGAGUGAACGUUUAGUGUUUGCAGUUGCAGACCUCAAUUGCAGUGACUCUUCUUAUAUUAAAAAUCGAGCUCGCUAUCUUCCAGCAAAA